AUGGACAGAGGAACCCUGGCCAUAACCUUCAGCGAAGCGAUGUCCAAUGCUACCGACGAUGUAGACUGGACCGGGGUGUCGCUGAGGACGCACGUCAACGGACUCGAAGGCUCAGGCGUAACUCUUUGGAAUACCCAAGGAGAGCCGGGCUGGGGCGAGACCGACUCUAAGGAUGCGGGGUUGACGCUGGCAGUGAGGAUACACCCGACCGAUCUCGACGAGAUGAAGGCGGCGUAUGUGGGCCACAAUUCCAGCUUUACUUGGUUGACCUUGAGGGGAGACUCGUUCGUGGCGCUGGACGAUCGGGACGGAAAUGAGCCCGUGUACGGAACGCAGGUGGUGGGACACCAAGGGGCUUCGGUUUUGGAGUUGGUGGAGGAUACCACAAGCACCUGGCUCUCCCCAUCAAACGCGUCCUCCUUGCUCUGCUCCUCGGCGGAGCUUGGCCGAAGACAAGGGAGCAGCAAUAGCGCCAGCCGACGGGAGAUCGUGCUCCACCUGGACGAACCGUGUGCCGUGGAGGCGGCGGUGACGACCUACAAUGCGACGAAUGGGACUUCUCCCCAAGAUGAAGCCAACACCACCACGGCCGAAGCAUUCGUCGGCGGGUAUCCCAGCGACUGGAGUAUGCUCGUCGCGGCCGGGGUGCUGCUCGAGGACGACGAUGCCGGAGGAGCGGCGAUCAGGAGCGCGACCAACAACAACGUGUCUCUCGUCCUCAACGCCACGUCUAGCUUUGUGACGGAUUUGUCCGCAGCGGCUAACCCUUUGGUCGCCGUGGUGGACCUAGAGGAAAGCUUUCCAGAUUGCCAGCCUUGCGGGAACGGCACCUAUCGAUCAGAGCCUUGUACGGAGGUAUACGACGCGGUGUGUGCAACCUGUGCGGAGACCUGCGCGGGAGGGGAUCAUUUCGUCCUGUCCCCGUGCACAGCCGAAACCGGCCUCGACUGUCACCCAAUUCUACCGGGCUUUCUACGACCCGACACCCGCCCUCCUCAUGAUCCACGACAUGCCACAAUGCAAGGUUGCACACCGUGCGCUUUCGGGACGCGUGAGAUAGGCGAGUGCCAGCAGGCGUCGGACCGAGUUUGCGAGGCUUGCACGGAGUGCGAGGAUGCGGAGUACGAGAGCCGAGAAUGUCGGACUUCUGGCGAGGACAGAAUAUGCGAAACCUGCCUCAGGUGCUCCUUGUCUCCCGAGGUUGCCGAAGCGUGUCGAGACUCCCGGUCGGUUCGGCAGUGGCAGACGGAGAACUGCUGCGAAACGGCGGUGGGGGAGAAGAUCCCCUGCCCGGACGUGGCGCUCGAGAACCUACGGGUUUCCGCGGCGACCGGGCGGUGGCAAUGGGGCCGCGGCCAGCCCGCCGGCGGUGGGGACCGCGCCCGGGACGGCGUGACGCCUCGCGACCGGCUGAUCGAGGUCGAGUUUAGAGCCGGUGCCAAGACAGUCUUUGACGACCCUCGCUACGUCGGGCAGGAGGGGCCCACGGGAGCUGGCAGCACCGGCGAGUUGUGA